GCGAAGCGCAGGGUUCCACCUCCGCGGUGGUGGGGAAGGAGGUGCUUGGGUCUCUCUGACCGGCCGCCCACCGCCGGCUUGCCUAAAUGCGCGCGUGCAAGACGCGAGUUGAGGACGUGGUUCACACGCAGUAGUGUUUUUCCAGGACGGGGAGAAUGACGCGAUUCGUUUCAAGAAUCUGACGAAAGCUUGGCUGUUUGGAAAUCUGAAUGUCGCUGGCCUGUUUGAAGCUGAUUACACGACCUUUUUUGCAAACACCCUCCUUGAUUGUUCAGCCUUUGCGCUUCGUCAUGGAUUUGAAAGACCUUGUUACCUCCUUAAACGAUUUUGCUUCGCUUUCCCUGGCUGAAAGUUGGGAUAAUGUGGGGCUCUUGAUUGAGCCAAGUCCUCCUCAUAUUGUCAAUACCCUUUUUCUCACCAAUGAUUUAACUGAGGAUGUGAUGCAGGAAGUCCUAGAGAAGAAAGCAAAUCUCAUUCUUUCUUAUCACCCACCCAUUUUCCACCCACUGAAACGUAUAACAUGGAAAACAUGGAAGGAGCGUUUGGUAAUCCGAGCCUUGGAAAAUAGAGUUGGCGUUUAUUCUCCUCACACGACAUAUGAUGCUAUACCUAAUGGAGUCAAUGACUGGCUUGCUACAGGACUGGGGGCUUGCACUGCUGUUCCUUUGAAACCGGCUACAGCUUCCACUUACCCUGUAGGUGGGCCUUUCCGGGUUGAAUUCACUGUAUCCUCUGCUGAAAGUCUGGAAACAGUUUUAUCCCAAGUCCAUGCAAUGCCAGAGGUGUCACUCAUCGCAACUCAACCUGCCAGGAUUGAAGGAGAAGAACAAACACGUGUCAGCUUGAACUGUUCUCGGCUCGCUUUGUUGCAAGUGGUGGCCUUGCUUUCCCAGAAGAGCCUGCUGUAUCAAACAACUGAAAUCAUAUCACUAGAGAAGCCUCUGCUUGCUGAUACUGGAAUGGGACGUUUAUGCACAUUGCACGAACCAGCCUCUGUUUCUGUUUUGAUUGAACGAUUGAAAAGUCACUUAAAAUUGUCUCAUAUUCGUCUAGCUCUUGGAGCAGGGAAAUCACUGGAAUCCUCAGUGAAGGUGGUUGCUCUUUGUGCUGGUUCAGGAGCAAGUAUUUUACAAGACACAGAAAGUGAUCUCUAUGUUACUGGAGAGAUGUCCCACCAUGAGGUACUUGGUGCUGUUUCCAGAGGGAUCUCUGUAAUUUUGUGCGAGCACAGUAACACUGAACGAGGCUUUUUGUUAAAACUGCAACAAAUGUUGGCUGUGUAUUUUAUGAAUAAGAUCAAUAUCAUCGUUUCUGAAAGAGAUAGAGACCCCCUUCAAGUUGUGUAAAAGAAGCAAACUUUGAGAAAUAAUAUACUACUAAUACUUGCAACUUAUAUUCCAUUUAAACAAUGGCAGAGGGAUAUAUCAAAAUUUAUAUGGUAAAGGAAAAAACAAGAAUUAGAAACAGACUACUGCAAGAUGCUAAGGAAAGAGGGGGUCUGGGUCUACCAGAUUUGAAAUUGUAUUUUGACGCCUGCUGUUUGGUCUGGUUAAAAGAAUGGGUGAACCUUCAGAAUAAGAGGCUACUGGACUUAGAAGGCCAUUAAUUAACAUUUGGUUGGCAUGGUUACUUAUGAUAUGACGAAGUUAAAGUAAAUGUUGACUUCCACCACCAUUUUUGUCAGACGUGCUAUUUUGAAAGUUUGAAAUAAAUAUAAAACACGGUUUUCCAGGAAGGUGCCUCUGGGUUUCCCCACAGCAAGCUUUUUUUAAGAAAAGAAAUGGAGACGAGGCCAAACUGGUGGACUUACGGUAAAAUAAUAUCUUUUAGUUUAGGGGACCCUACCCUCAAAUCUAAAGAGGAUUUAUAAUUAGAAGGACAUGUCUGCCACUGGUUUACAUAUUUACAACUGAAAGAAAGAUUUAAAUUAGAUAAAAAGAAUCAUGGGAUUAACUUUGUUAAAAAGGAAUUGGAAACUCUUACUAUGUGGUAAUGAUAAACAUAUUGCUAAAGUCUAUGAAGUGUUAUUGAAUUUAAAUCUGGAAAAUGAACAAGUAAAGCACUGUACGAUUCAAUGGGCAAGGAAUUUUGGAUUUAAUGUAAUGCUUGAACAGUGGGAGAAUAUGUGGAAUAAAGGCUUACGGUUUAUAUUAAACUAUAAUUUAAAAGAAAAUUUCUAUAAGAUGAUGUAUCAUUGGUAUUUAACUCCAGAUAAAUUGCCAAGAAUGUAUAAAGGUAUUUCAACUGA